AUGGAGACCUCUUCUGCAUCAGAAGAGCUGAGCAAUGAGAUUCAACAACUACUCUUGAACCUUCCAAGAGAGAAAAACUUGGAUGGAACUCCUCUCUAUCAAUACCAAGCGUUUUGGACUCUAUCAAAAUUCAUUCCCGCCAUAAUUUCCUUUCAGAGACACUUCCAAGCAGAAGACGGUGACAUAAUAUUAACCAGCUUUCCGAAAUCAGGCACCACUUGGUUAAAAGCCCUAGCUUUCACCAUUGUCAACCGUACUCGUUUUCCUCUACAAAAUAGCCCCUUGCUCACCACCCCUCCUCAUCAGCUUGUUCCUUUCUUGGAGUUUGACCUUUAUAGGAAAAAUCAAUCUCCUAAUCUUGAAGACAUUCCCAAGCCAAGGAUUUUGGCCACCCAUCUCCCAUAUGCUUCAUUACCCAAUUCCAUCUUGAAUUCUGGUUGCCGCAUUGUUUAUGUAGCCAGAAAUCCUCUGGAUCAAUUCAUCUCCCUUUGGAAAUUCUUGGCCUCAUCGCAAGACCAAAACAUGAAUCUGGUUUCAAUUGAGGAGGCUUUCGAGAAGAUUUGCAGUGGAGUCCAAUUCUAUGGCCCCAUUUGGGAACACGUGUUGGGGUACUGGAAGGCCAAUCAAGAGAACCCAGAAAAGGUGCUCUUUCUGAAAUAUGAAGAUAUGCAAGAGAACAUCAUAUCUAAUAUCAAGAAUUUGGCCAAUUUCUUAGGAUGUGCUUUCAGUCAAGUUGAAGAGACGCAAGGAGUGGUAAAAGAAAUAUCAAAGAUUUGUAGUUUUGAAAAUCUGAAAAAUUUAGAGGUGAACAAGAAUGGUAAAUACUUACCAAGAUUUGGAAAUGAAGCGUUUUUCAGGAAAGGUACUGUGGGAGAUUGGAGAAAUUAUUUAACAUCUUCAAUGUCGGAUCGCAUGGAGAAGAUACUUGAAGAAAAACUAUGCGGCUCAGGUUUGUCUUUCAAGAAAUAA